AUGGGCCAGAGAGCUAAAUGGAUGAUCCGAUCGCGGCAACCGGGAUUUGUCUUGCUCUCGGAAUUUAUGGCCGUCCUUCUCAGAUGUGACUAUGCGCAAGCGUCGAAGAAUGUAUCGCGAUAUAUCCCCAAAGUAGAGGGCAGCAACCACAUUGCCAAGCUCAAUCACGCCGCCUUUCGUCUUUCUCAACUCGCCUUCUGGCUCAAAAGCACCGUGCAGCACUACGCGAUCGAGCUAACGCCAGUAUAUGGCCUGAUCAUCCGCGACCCAAAGGCAGAUGACACCAAGGGAACGCUGGAGGCAAUCCAGUCCUACGGUAUCGCCUUUGAAAUGACAGCCUGCAAUAGAACUCGUCAUGCUCAUGUUGCAUUGACCAGCUACGGGCAAAUGUAGCUUUCUUGGCCGAAAUGACAGCCCUGACUUGGGUCUCGUGAUAUAGUGUGAUUCGUGCGUCUUGUCGUAUGCCAGACACCUCACCACAUGCCUGAAGUACGCGGUGGCAGCUUGGAUCACAUUGGCGCCACGAUCGAUGGCGAGACAGUGCGAGCGCCGAGUCGCUGACAGCGGUGAACCAAUGCGGCGAGGGG